UUAAAAAAAUAUGUACUGCCAUUGUAGGAAGGUUGGCAAUACGAGAGGUCUUCAGACGGACCUUUUUUGCAUUAUUUUCCUCGAAAGAACAACUAUUUGGUUUUUAGUGCUUCUCCCCUAUUUGGAAAGUUGGUCCGCCUGCUCUUCAGUCUGAGAGAGAUAUUCUGAGAGCAGACAAUUGUACAUGACGCAUUUUCAUUGUAACCUAUAAGUAUGGACAUUUUCAAGAGGACAAAGUCGCCCAACAUGACCAACAACUUCAAGUGACUAUCUGUAAUAUGGUGCAUCCCUGGUGAUGUGCAGAGGGAGAUGAUAUGGCACAGGCUCCCUUAUCUGAUCCUGAUUGUCUUAUAGAAAUUGUGCUGGUUGGGAAAGUUGGAUGUGGGAAGAGUGCUUCAGGAAACACCAUCCUACGCAGGGAGGAGUUCAAAUCAUCAUGUAGUUUCUCAACUGUGACAAAAACUUGUGAGAGGAAGACAGAAGUUGUUUGUGGGAGGAAGAUAGCUCUCGUGGACACUCCUGGACUAGACUGUGCUGAGGUGUCCAGUAACGAACUGUUUCUAUCCUUAAAGAACAAAACAUACAAAGUCGUCAAUAUCUUCCUACUGGUGAUCCAGCUGGGCAGGUUCACAGAGGAACAGAAUGCAGCUGUACAAAAGAUGGAGGACAUAUUUGGUGAGGAGGUGAGAAAGUUCACCAUGAUACUCUUCACACAUGGAGACAUGUUGAAACGUACAUCGAUAAAAGACUAUAUCCAAAAAGCAGGUGAACCACUGGGGCAAGUUGUUCGGAGAUAUGGUCAGAGAUACCAUGUGUUCAACAAUGAGUCUGGUCCUCCAAGCCAGGUGACAGAACUGUUUGAGAAGAUCAACAGAAUGCAGACUGUGGUACAUAACAGAUCGUACUACUUUGUUUCAUCCGGAGCAACAAAGCGUGAGUUGUUAUUGUACAUCUCAAUGAAGACGGGGCUGAGCUUUUGGAUUGUCGAGAAAGAAUUGGACCGGGGAAUACUUAUCUUAACCGACGGUUUUACAUAUCUAUCAGUAAUGGAGGACAUUAUGGAAUAUGAUGUAAAACGAGUGGAGGAUAUGAAAAUACUUGAGGAGGAGAGAAAAAGACUUGAGGAGGAGAGACAAGAAUUUAUGGGGAUGGAAAUAAUGUUUAAGAUGACGAGGAUCGAUGGACCUCUGUGGAGAAACAGACAUGUGGAGGAGCAAGAAAGACUUGAGGAGGAGAGAGAAAGACUUGAGGAGGAGAGAAAAAGACUUGAGAUGGAAAUAUUUGAGGAGCUGUGGAGCUGGAGAUAUGUGGUAAGAAACAGAAGUGAGGAGGAGAUAAAAAGACUUGAGCAGAGAGAAAGAUGUGAGGAGGAGAGAGAAAGACGUAAGGAGGAGAGCGAAAGACGUGAGAAGGAGAGCGAAAGACGGGAGGAAGAGAGAGAAAGACGGGAGGAGGAGAGAAAAAGACUUGUGGAGAGAGAAAGACAGGAGGAGGAAGGAGAAAGACGUGAGGAAGAGAGAAAACGAGGUGGGGAAGAGAGAAAACGACGUGAGGAGGAGAGAAAAAUACUUUUGGAGAGAGAAAGACAUGAGGAGGAGAGAGAAAGUCAUGAGGAGGAGAGAGAAAGACGUGAGGAGGAGAGAGAAAGACGUGAGGAGGAGAGAGAAAGACGUGAGGAGGAGAGAGAAAGACGUGAGGAGGAGAGAGAAAGACGUGAGGAGAGACAAGGCCGUGAGGAGAGAGAAAGAUGUGAGGAGGAGAGAGAAGGACGUGAGGAGAGAGAAAGACAUGAGGAGGAGAGAAAAAGACGUGAGGAGGAGAGAAAAAGACGUGAGGAGGAGAGAAAAAGACGUGAGGAGGAAAGAGAAAGACGUGAGGAGGAGAGAGAAAGACGUGAGGAGGAGAGAGAAAGACGUGAGGAGGAGAUAAAAAGACGUGAGGAGGAAAGAGAAAGACGUGAGGAGGAGAGAGAAAGACGUGAGGAGGAGAGAGAAAGACGUGAGGAGGAGAGAGAAAGACGUGAGGAGAAGAGAAAAAUACGUGAGGAGGAGAGAGAAAGCUGUGCGGAGAGGGUAAAAACAUUUGAGCUGUGGCGCUGUAGAUGUGAGGAGAAGAGAAAAAUACGUGAGGAGAAGAGAAAAAUACGUGAGGAGAAGAGAAAAAUAAGUGGGGAGGAGAGAAAAAUACAUGAGGAGGAGAGAAAAAUACAUGAGGAGAGAAAAAGACGUGAGGAGGAGAGAAAAAUACAUGAGAGAAAAAGACGUGAGGAGAGAAAAAUACGUGAGGAGGAAAGAAAAAUACAUGAGGAGGAGAGAAACAUACAUGAGAGAAAAAGACGUGAGGAGAGAAAAAGACGUGAGGAGGAGAGAAAAAUACAUGAGAGAAAAAGACGUGAGGAGAGAAAAAGACGUGAGGAGGAAAAAAAAUAUUUCUUGUGGAGUUAAUUUCUGUAUAAUCAAAUGAGGAGAGACAAACUUAUCACACAUGUCAGUUUUACUUAAACCAAAUCUUUAGUAGUGAGAGCUUUGGAAUAGCAAUGGCUUGUCAACUAAUCACCACCAUCUCUGAUGAUCCGUUGAGAGCCACAACACAAAGGCUACUGAUAUCUUUUAUACAAGAGAUCCACCCCCCAGUCUACAUAACAAACCACAAAUGUUCAGAACCGGUCACAAGGUGAGACUUUUUAAAUGAGAAAGAAGUAUCCCGUAGCCAGAUAGCAUUCGCUAUAAAUCAUCGUUCAGUUCGGCCCCUAAGACGAGGUUCAGAUCUCGUUCCUGGUACUUCAUAGCACAAAAACACCAACUCAUCCAAUGGCAUAAAUCAAAUUGUCAACUCCAGACACUCCCAUCUCAAUAAAACCCCUUCUUGACCAGACUCCUGGACAAGCUCACUGAGGAGAGUGAGCCUCUAGGUCAUACACUAUCCCAGGAUAAUUACAACAUCAGAGAUGACAUACAAUGGUUCCAGACACUACCACACACAUCACAGUGAGGGGAGUGAGCCUCUAGGUCACACACUAUCCCAGGAUAAUUACAACAUCAGAGAUGACAUACAAUGGUUCCAGAGACUACCACAAACAUCCCCCAAAGUCAAAGGAGGGAGUGACUUGCACAGACAAGUCAUUGGUUCCCCAUUAAUCACGCCAUCCCUUCACAUGGUUUAUAAUAGGUAAAGACACAUCCACAUAUGAAGACAAUGUUCCCUCCUGUCCUCUUCUCUUUCUGAUAUUCUGCAUAGCACCAGGGACAUGUGAAAGACAAGCCUGACUUCUCCCCUCUCUGGAUCCCAGGUGACUGAGCCCCAACUGAGGGAGGAAAUGCAACUGCCAACACCAGAGUCUGAAGGGAUACAUUCUAAUAACAAGAAUAUCAUGCAAGCAUAUUAUGCUGUUGAGACAUCUUAAUUAUCUAUGUUAAACAACUUAAUUCUGAUUAUUCUGCCACAGUCUGCACAUUCAUGUAUGAUUAUUGGGAGCAGGAGCAACAAGCUCCAUUUUUAGGACUUGUAAUGACAGUAGAAAGUGGAGCAGCAGCUGCAACUAGAGUAGGAACUGCAAAAAGCAAAGAACACAAAUUGCAGUGGACAGAGUAAAAGGUAUCAGCACUGUUGAUUCUGCAGUUUCCUAAGGAAAAUUCAGAUGGAAUUGACAUUUUAAUGGAUGUUAAAAUUAUUGAAGCACCAAUCACCCUUUGUGGAAGGGACAUAAUCACAAUAUUUGAUGUAUUGCUGGUUUGUUAUGAUAAAACUUGUUUCAUAUAUUGUAUGUCUGUCCAGAUAUGUACAAGUUGUCAGCAUACAUUAUAUUAUGCAAUGUUUGUCAGAAAAAAAAAAAAUUCAGUAUUGUUCACGGAGAAAAAAGGAAACUGUAAGGCAGAUUGAUUCUGCCCAAACACAUGGUGUUAAAAGUAAUAAAUUGUGUAGUGUUGCUAAAAAUGAAGCACAAAAGAUGACCAAAUUAAAAAAAAAUUGCUAUGCGUUUUGUAAAAUGCCAUGUUGUUUGAAGACUGUCAACACCCGUUCAUGGAUUUCUUCACAUUUUAUGUUACAAAGUGGAGUUAAAAGGAUUUAAUUUACAUUUUUUGGUCAACAAUUUACACAAAAUACUCUGUCCAAGUGUAAAAAAUAAAAAUACAUUCAUGAAAAAUCUAAUACUGACAUACCUUGAUUAGAUAAGUAUCACCCCCUGUGUCAAUACACGUUAAACACCUU